ACUACGCUCAUAAAAGGAAAAAAAAAAGCGUGUGCGGUUCUCGACGUGCCGCCAAUCUUCGAACGCAGGUCCGUGAUCAUCCGCAGACUCCGAAAAAGCGUUCAAGGAACGCGCCUGCUUCCCUCGUCGCAGUUUCCAGCCCGAAGAGCUUGUUUUCUGCGAGACUUGUUCUGGGAAGGACUCCAAGAUUUCCAGUUUGUCUAUUGUUCCUUGUAUAAGAGUACAUACUGACCAGAAAUCCUGCCCUGGGGUCACACAACCUUGAUGCUAUCAUACUUCAGUUGUCCAGUUGUCCGAACCACCCGUUCCCUAUGGUAUACAAGCCCUGGGGGUACUGGCACCAGGAUCCACCAUCUGGCCUCACCGCCACCCAAGACACAGAGGUGUGAAGUGGUGUCUUCAGUGGUUUUGACUUGCAUUUCCCAAUGGCUAAUGAUACGGAACAUCUUGUCAUGUGCUUGGUGGUCAUUUAUAUGUCUUCCUUGGAGAACUAUCUAUUCAGAUCACUUUUAUAUGUGGGCUGAGGCGCACCUGUAGACAAUGGCCCUCGUGUCUGCCGAUUCCCGCAUUGCAGAACUUCUCACGGAGCUCCAUCAGCUGAUCAAGCAAACCCAGGAAGAGCGUUCGCGGAGCGAACACAACUUAGUGAACAUCCAGAAGACCCAUGAGCGGAUGCAGACAGAGAACAAGAUUUCUCCCUAUUACCGGACAAAGCUGCGUGGCCUCUACACAACCGCCAAGGCCGAUGCAGAGGCUGAGUGCAACAUCCUUCGGAAAGCUCUGGACAAGAUUGCGGAAAUCAAGUCUCUGUUGGAGGAGAGGCGGAUUGGUGAGUGGGAGAGGACGUGCUGGGAGGUCCUUUGCUAGGACAAGGGAGGCCCUGUGGGCAGCAGUCACCCUCCCGUGGGGGCCUGCAGCCACCGCCUGCUGGGAUCCUCUCACGGAGUCUCUGCCACUGAGAAGGGACAGGAGAUCAUUCACAGUGCCCAGAGGCAGGGGUUUCCCAGUUCUCCCUCAGCAGCCAGAGAUCAUCCCGCCGCAGCCCCUCAUCACCUGCCCCUUCCGGGGCCUGGGCCAAUCACCCCCUCCUUCCUGCCAUGGCCCACGCCCAUCUCUUGUCCUGGCUGGUUUCUGCAGAGCCACAC